AUGGAGGCUGUCACCGAGUCGCAGCUUGUCGUUGGCGCUCUAUCGUACGACCAACAACAAGAUGACUGGCCAUUUUGGAGUCCACGAUACCUCACUCAUUUGUAUCCUUAUAAAUAUGUCUUCGACAUUGGUUGGGUCGACUCUGAUGUGUCCUUCAAACUACCUGGCGUAUACCCAACUCGUGAUUUGAUUAUCACACGCGACCCGUUCCCCUGUAUCAACUCAGUUCAUCAAGUUAACGUCGGUGCUCUACUCGCCGAAACAGAAGACGACGUCGUCCUGCUCGUUACGUGUUUAUCCGGAGCCAAGUAUCUGGUUGGACUUCUCCGAGCUCCUCGGUGGAUGUUGAGAAGGUCAUUUGAGGGCGGGCAGGUUAACGAGGCAGUAUUUGGAUGGAUGUCAAGGGCGGACUUGGAGAUAUGGAUCAAGGGUAUCCCACAAGACUUGGUUCGCAUCGUCUUCCCGUAUUCGUAUCGAUCUCCUCCUACUCGUUUAUACGACGUUAAACGACGGAAACUGGUUGCCGAUAUACCCGCUUCGACCACUCACUUCGAUGCGGACGUCGGUGACAUGUCUUCGAUGGUCCAUGAAGUCACAGCAGUUGUAUCCGACCAAGACUUAGAUAGUCGAUCUACGGUCCUUCCACGCACUUCCAAUGGGAUGAUACCUUCCGGAUCCGCAUCAUCUUCCACCAUAGAAGCAAUCAGCUCACCCGAUUCAUACCAUGCAUCUGCCAAUACGUCGUCUUCCUCGGUUUCGACCGCGACCAUAUCUUCGACUCCCUCCCUUGCCAUGUCUGAAGCGGUUGGCAUUCCACUGUCUCCCAAAAACCCUGGAGUUCUCCAUGCACCGGUCCCAGUGAUGACAUACGGCAAUUUUGCAACAAUGUCACCCUCGAACAUUCCAUCGUUCCCGGAUUUCACGGCAACGACAAGUGCGGUAUCCUCCCAGGUCUCUCCCGAUCUUUACUAUUCUUCACCGGUUUCAAAGACGGAAGCGGACACGGAAGAUAGGUUCCCCACUCCCAUGCCUCGUAAUAAGGUUCCUUCUUCCAUUGUUGCUUCUUCUCGUUUUACUGUGCGCGGCAGUAAUUUGUGA